AAGCCUACCUUCUUACCAUAAUAUACCAGGUAUUUCCAAGUCAAUAUAACUAAACCUACUAUCAGUUGAUCAUGAAACAUUAGAUUUGUUCAACUGUGUGGCUAUGUUAUUGUUGGACAUGUACCGAAAGCGCAACAAUAGGACUCGAACGAUUAUCACCUUAGCAACAGUAAGUAGUCAGACACAGCAUUCCAAAUCAUUCAUUAUUUUCCAAUUCUAAACCAUUUGCAAUAUGCAAAAAUUAUUCAGCGCGUUUCUAUGAGCAAUCCAAUGGCAUAUUUUAUGCUAGCUAAACGAAGAGGAUUCCACUUCAGGCAGCUGAUCUUGAUCAUCGAGUUGUACAGCCACUAUGACGUGUAUAACUACCUCAGACAAAUAGCACUGACCCUCUGCUCAGACAAAGUGUCGGAGGUCCGGUGGAUCUCUUACAAGCUGGUGGUGGAGAUCUUACAGAAGAUGUAUGCGUGCGGAGCCCACGAGCUGGGCCUGAACUUCAUCAACGAGCUCAUCGUCCGCUUCUGCCACUGUCCAAAAUGGGUGGGCCGCCAGGCCUUUGCCUUCAUUUGCCAGGCCAUCGUGGAGGAGGACUGUAUGCCCAUGGACCAGUUUGCCCAGCACCUCCUCCCAAGUCUCUCAGCCUGUCGUGGACCUGUGGGCCAACGUCCGCGUGCUGGUGGCCAAAGCACUGCGGCAGAGUGUCAUGGAGAAAGGUAA